CAACUAUAAAAAUGGAAAGCUCCUCUACAAGUUUGGAGAAAAUGGAUUUGGUCAUGGGCAGUUCUCAGAUCCAGCAGGGAUAACCAGUGAUUCGUAUGGAAAUAUAUACAUAGCAGACAGUAGAAAUCACAGAAUACAGGGAACUGGAUAUCUUCCCCAUGUGAUCUGAAGUAUAGAACUGGCAUCAUUUGGAUUAAAGUAUCGGCUGAAGAGAUAAGCAAAUGAUGAAACCUUGUAUGUUAUAUAUAGUCCAGAGACACCAUUUUUUAUAUUAGUUUUUAAAUACUGUACAGGUACAACAUCGAUUUUCUGGACCCUUUGGUUCCAAAGCAUUUCAGGAUUACCAAGUUUUCCUCCAUUAGAGAGCGCCGUAUUUCUUGGGGUUGGAUAAGUGAUGUACGGUUGGGGGUAAAUAAACUGCUGCUGGAAUUUCAAGUUCCUUCUCGUAAAUUUGUAUGGAUUAUAAGUUUCCAGACCAUCAGUGUCCAGAAAAUCAAUGUUGUACCUGUAUAUCGUAUGGGAAUUUAAGAGGAUAACUGGUUUUUUUUUAAUAGAAAUUUAGCAGAUCUGAUCUUUUUGUUCCAUAGUUUGAGUUGUGGAUGUUAAUCCAUGAAAUAAAAAUAAAUAUCAGUUAAUGAUAAAAAAAAAUAUUGUAUGACUAAUGAACAUGAUGACUGUUUAUCAUUGCCCAUUUCCAACAUGCUCCUAUUUAAAAUAAAUAUUCUUGAAAUUAGAUUGACAAAAAAAAAAAAUAGUCACAUUUUCAUUUCUGUUUGUCUGCAUGCAGUGUUUUAAUGUAUACUAUAUGGUACAACAGACUGACUCACAUUACCUCUCUGAAGGCAACUUGUCACAGCCAGCUGAACCGUCUUAAAACCCUUGCUCAUCUUUCAUGGGGAGCUGAUCGUCGAACUCUCCUUCGCCUAUAUUCCACCCUCAUUUUAUCGAAACCUGAUUAUGGUGACCAGAUCUAUUCAGCAGCCUCUCCUGCUACUCUCUCUAGCCUUAACCCCAUUCAUCACCAAGGAUUACGUUUAUGCCUUGGUGCUUUUCGCUCUUCCCUUCCUUUAUGCAGAAGCGAACGUUCCAUCCUUAUCCGAUCGCUGUGAUACCCAUUGCCUUCGCUACUAUGUACGCUCUCAUGAUCUCUGCAAUCCUUCCAUUUAUAGAAUGGUCACUGAUAUUAGUAGACAUUCUUUAUUUGUUCGCUGCCCGUUUACUCCGUCCCUUCUCUCUUCGCCUACAUUCGCUCUUGUCUUCUCUUCAGUUACCACCUUUCUAUGUUCAUGUAGCAUCUCACUUUUCCCUACCCCCCUGGGAAGUUCCAGCUGUUCCGAGUCUGUUCUCUCUCUCCCUUCUCAUUCUCAUGACAUUGCAGUGUACACAGAUGGCUCUAAGUCUUCUGACGGCGUAGGAUUUGCAGCAGUGUUUCUGGACAGUGUCGUACGAGGGCAUUUACUAUCUUCGGUUAGUAUUUUUACUGCUGAAUUGUAUGCCUUUCUUGCAGCGCUUAUCCGUAUUGCAUUUAUGCCUGUGUCAUCAUUUGUGGUUGUCUCAGACUCCCUUAGUGCUUUACAGGCUACACAGAAAUUUGAUGCACCUCACCCCUUAGUCCUCCGUAUCCAACUUUGGCUACGCCGCAUCUUUACCAAGCAUAAAGAUAUUGUUUUUUGUUGGGUCCCUGGUCAUGUUGACGUACAGGGCAAUGUACAGGCAGACACUGCUGCGCGGUCAGCAGUACAUGACCUACCAGUUUCAUGUAGAGGUAUUCCAUUUACGGACUAUUUUGCUGCAAUAGCUACCCACCUUAACACCCGUUGCCAACAAUGUUGGUCUACUAUACUCGGUAACAAACUUCAAUCUGUUAAACCGAGUAUAGGUUACUGGCCGUCUUCUUGUCACCAGUGUCGAGGUUGGGAGACUACUCUCUCCCGUCUUCGCAUUGGCCAUACUCGUCUUAUUCAUGGAUAUCUCGUGGAGAUGCGUCCUGCUCCUCUCUGUGAGACUUGUCAGGCCCCAUUAUCAGUCAGCCACAUUCUGUUGGACUGCCCACUUUCUCAACGAGCACGCAGAAUUUACCUCCGUCGUCGUCUUCGCUCCGCUGCUCUCUUUUUACCUUCCCUUCUCGCUGAUGGACCCACCUUUCAUCCGGACUCUCUCACUGACUUUUUGACAACAACUGACUGACUUAAGAAACUCUGAUGCCUUCAGCCCUUUCUACCGCAAUCUCUUGCUACCCUCUACCCCCGCACUAUCCCCUGCCCCGCUGUUUUCUGUAACCUACUGAUCAUCCCUCCCCCCCCCCUUCUGCCGCCCAAUACCCUCGCUUCCUUCCCUACCCUGCAGCGCUGUAUAGCCCUUGUGGCUUAGUGCUACUUUUUGAUUAUAAUAAUAAUAAUAACAACAGACUGACUUGUAUCCCUGCUUGCUUACCUUGAACAUUUACAGUAAACUCUUUGCUUAACCAAUUAUUAUUAUUAUUAUAAUCAAAAAGAAGCGCUAAGCCACAAGGACUAUACAGCGCUGCAGGGCAGGAAGGAAGCGAGGGCAUCAGGUGGCAAAAGGGAGAUGGAUGAGUAAUAGGUUACGGAUAACAGCGGGGUAGUGGAUGGUGAAAGGGUAAAGGGCAGCAAGAGACUGAACUAGAAAGGGCUGAGGGGAGUGCGAAAAGUAUCAUCAGAGUUUGUGGAGUAAAUCAGUCGUUGUCAAGAAGUCGGUGAGAGAGUCAGGAUUAAAGGAGGGUCCAUCAGCAAGAAGGGAAGGUAAAGAGAG